AUGGAUCCCUCCUCAUCCUCACCUCCCCUCAUCACUGCAGUGGAGGAGCAGCCUCAGGACCAGGCCUCCGCCCCGGGAUCCGGCUCCAACCCCACCUCCUUGUGUGGAGGAGGACUGCAUCUGGGGAGGGAACCCUCCAGGAGGUGCAGGAAGCCACCCCCGCUGCACAGCGGAGCAGACUGGAAGGUGGUGCUCCACCUGCCGGAGAUCGAGACGUGGCUAAGAGCCACCAGCGACCGAGUCGCACAACUUACACACUCCGUCAGCCAAGACGCCGCCAGCAGACAUGUGGACGUGCACCUGGUACAACUCAAGGACAUCUGUGAGGACAUCUCGGACCACGUGGAGCAGAUCCACGCCCUGCUAGAAACCGAGUUCUCCCUGAAACUGCUGUCUUACUCGGUUAACAUCAUAGUCGACAUCAGGACAGUCCAGUUACUGUGGCACCAGCUGAGAGUGUCGGUUCUGGUUCUGAAGGAGCGCAUGCUGCAGGGACUGCAGGACUCCAAUGGAAACUACACUAGACAGACAGACAUACUGCAGGCCUUCUCACAAGACCAGCAUCAGACUCGUCUAGACGCUCUGACUGAGGUGGACGACUGCGGUCAGCUGACCAUCCGCUGCAGUCAGGAUUACUUCUCCCUUGACUGCGGCAUCACCGCCUACGAGCUGAGCGACUACAGUCCUGGGGACGAUCCCGAGGGCCCCGGGCCAAACAAGCACACACCUCAGCUCCAGCAAGACGUGGACCUCCUGACCACCGCAGCCUCACAACAGGACGUAAACGAAGGGUCGGGGCAAAGAGACACGACUGAUAUGCCCAGUGACGACCACUCUGCACCAAAAGAACCCACAAUGCAAUGUGGCAGUUCCAGCCAGGGUGAGGGCCUUGUGACCAAACGUCCACUGCAGGAGGGAAACCUCAGCAUCGGCAUGGCCCCGACUGAAGCCUCUCUCCCCAAGAGAGCGGCCUUCCUCUCUGACGGAGGAGGGACUUACGGAGACAUGGGGGGAGGUACUGAACUGGGUAGCCUGUCCUCAGGGCUCUUGUCGCAGACUGAACUGGGCCAGAGCACCCCUUCCCUCCUGGACCCUCUGGAUCGGACCAAGUUUUGGCUGGAACUGGAAUCUGAGUAUCCAGAGGGAGUUUCCCAGUCCUGUGAGAAUCAGCAGGUCAUGAAUGGAUGCAACCCCCAAAUAAGCCCCAGCGGCUCCAGAGAAGGCGGAGGAGGUCCGGAGGGGAGCGUCCAAGGGUCUCUCUCCAUCAAGAAGAGCUCAUCUGCUGCGAGAUCACCUGCCAUAGGCCCCUCGCCUCCUCACAACAACACCUCCACACAAAUGGAGACCAGCCAUGCUGAGACACAAGCUUGCAGUGAGGGCGAGUCUGACUCCUCCGUGCCCUCCCCCAUGAGGGAACAGCUCCUCUCUUCAGACCUGGAGGCAUCCGGGGAGGACUCGGACCCUCGGCCUCUACCGGACAAACCAGCGGUCUGGAUUGUGAAACGCCGGGGCCAAAAGGAGGCGGCCCGGGUGUCGGCCAGGUCCAGUCCAGACAGGGAGCACUGGUUCGGCUCCGAGGAGUUCCUGGCCCUCCCUGCUCAGCUUCACCAGACGGAGAUGUUGGCGAUGAAACUGGAAAGUCUGGCUCAGACAUUCCCUGUGGUCAGUGAAGAGCCUUUGCAGGAUGUGGACGACUGGGAGCUGACGGAGCUCAACCCAGACUGGGAGCUGGGGGCGAGUGGGGCAAGCGAGAACAACGUGGAGGAGAGUGGGGAGGAGAAUCCCUCUCCUCUCAUGCAACACCCUCACGGACAGGUUUUUCACUGCUUCUCCACCUCCUCGAGUGACAUCGCACCCUCAUUGGAUGAGAGCAUUGAGUCCGGCCCACUGAGCGACCUGCAGUCUGAGGACGAGGGGCGUCGCUCCGCAGAUCGGACAGGACUACAGCUUACAGCACCCCCAGUGGAUGGACGGGGAGGUGCAAUUCUGGUCCAACAGCUGCUGGAAGACAUCCAGCAACAAGAUGGAGACCCUGACAUCUGGAAAAAAAUAGAGUGUUUUGUGUCUCAGCUGGAUUCCUUCAUCGUGUGGUUGCAGAGCGCUCUGGACAGCACAGAUAACUGGACACAACCCCGACAUGACCUGGACAGCCUGAGAAUCUACCUGGAGACACACCUGAGUUUUAAGCUGAACGUGGACAGCCAAAGUGUGCUGAAGGAGAGCAUUUUGGAGGAAGGAAGAGCACUGCUGGAAGUCAUUACUUCCCACAAAUCAGGUCUGAGGGACAUCCUCCAGAUGGUUUCCAGCCAAUGGGAGCAGCUUCAGAGGCAGAUCCGGCGCCAACAUGGCUGGAUGCUCCUCGCCCUCCGCUCCAUCCAGGCCCGUAUCUUGGAUGGCCAAUCCCACAAAGCGAUGCUGAGAUCUGACAACCCAUCAGCCAAUCAGCAGGCUCUGUGCCCAGAGGAGGGCUCCAAGCUGAUCAUCACGGGGAGGCCGCCGUCACAACACAGGCGGCUGCAGCAAAUGGAGGAAGUUGGGCAGACAGGACUCCCAGCUCGUGUGCAGAGGAACCCAGAGGUUCAGACAGGACUCCUAGCUCGUGUGCAGAGGAACCCAGAAGUUCAGACAGGACUCCCAGCUCGUGUGCAGAGGAACCCAGAGGUUCAGACAGGACUCCCAGCUCGUGUGCAGAGGAACCCAGAGGUUCAGACAGGACUCCCAGCUCGUGUGCAGAGGAACCCAGAAGUUCAGACAGGACUCCCAGCUCGUGUACAGAGGAACCCAGAGGUUCAGACAGGACUCCCAGCUCGUGUACAGAGGAACCCAGAGGUUCAGACAGGAUUCCCAGCUCGUGUGCAGAGGAACCCAGAGGUUCAGACAGGACUCACAGCUCGUGUGCAGAGGAACCCAGAGGUUCAGACAGGACUCCCAGCUCGUGUGCAGAGGAAGCCAGAGGUUCAGACAGGACUCCCAGCUCGUGUGCAGAGGAACCCAGAAGUUCAGACAGGACUCCCAGCUCUUUUACAGAGGAACCCAGAGGUUCAGACAGGACUCCCAGCUCGUGUACAGAGGAACCCAGAGGUUCAGACAGGACUCCCAGCUCGUGUACAGAGGAACCCAGAGGUUCAGACAGGACUCACAGCUCGUGUGCAGAGGAACCCAGAGGUUCAGACAGGACUCCCAGCUGGUGUGCAGAGGAACCCAGAGGUUCAGACAGGACUCCCAGCUGGUGUGCAGAGGAACCCAGAGGUUCAGACAGGACUCCCAUCUUGUGUGCAGAGGAACCCAGAGGUUCAGACAGGACUCCCAGCUCGUGUGCAGAGGAACCCAGAGGUUCAGACAGGACUCACAGCUCGUGUGAGGAACCCAGAGGUUCAGAAAGGACUCCCAGCUCAUGUGCAGAGGAACCCAGAGGUUCAGACAGGACUCGCAGCUCGUGUGCAGAGGAACCCAGAGGUUCAGACAGGACUCGCAGCUCGUGUGAGGAACCCAGAGGUUCAGACAGGACUCCCAGCUCGUGUGCAGAGGAACCCAGAGGUUCAGACAGGAUUCCCAGCUCGUGUGCAGAGGAACCCAGAGGUUCAGACAGGACUCCCAGCUCGUGUGCAGAGGAACCCAGAGGUUCAGACAGGACUCCCAGCUCGUGUGCAGAGGAACCCAGAGGUUCAGACAGGACUCCCAGCUGGUGUGCAGAGGAACCCAGAAGUUCAGACAGGACUCCCAGCUCUUUUACAGAGGAACCCAGAGGUUCAGACAGGACUCCCAGCUCGUGUACAGAGGAACCCAGAGGUUCAGACAGGACUCCCAGCUCGUGUACAGAGGAACCCAGAGGUUCAGACAGGACUCACAGCUCGUGUGCAGAGGAACCCAGAGGUUCAGACAGGACUCCCAGCUGGUGUGCAGAGGAACCCAGAGGUUCAGACAGGACUCCCAGCUCGUGUGCAGAGGAACCCAGAGGUUCAGACAGGACUCCCAGCUCGUGUGCAGAGGAACUCAGAGGUUCAGACAGGACUCCCAGCUCGUGUGCAGAGGAACUCAGAGGUUCAGACAGGACUCCCAGCUCGUGUGCAGAGGAACUCAGAGGUUCCACCUGUUUCUUCUGCUAAUGACCCUGGUGAGGUGGAGGCCCACAGAGACGUCUUGGAACAGAUGGUGAUAAAACUGACCGGCCUUCACUACGCGUCUCCCCCUCGCAGGAUACACUACCACCACCUGAGCAGAAACAACAGCCUGCAGGAGUUUGAGACGGAAUACCAGGAGCUCUGGGAUUGGCUGAUGGAGUUGGAUGCCGUGGUGACAGACAGUCACCAGCUGAUGAUGUCAGAGGAACAGAGGCAACACCUGUACAAGGGUUCUGCUGUGGAGUUGUCUUUGAUGCAGUGGAGGAGGUUCAGUCUCCUUGGUUGGGCCGAGUCACUGAGGAGAAGUCCUACAACGCUGCCGGAGGACUUCGACCAGAAAAUACACACCCUGAACCAGAGAUGGACACAACUAGAGAAAACCCUCGGUAAUCAUUCAGGAACAAGCCCCUCCCAUCCUGACUCGCCGCCAUCGUCUUCAGCAGCGUCCAGACCUCUGCUGGCAGGCAGUGGCGGUGGUAGCGAGGACACCCGGUCGGCCCUGUCGCCCGUCACCACCUCCCUGCUGGAGCAGCUGGAGACUCGCAUCAAGGAGUUGAAGGCUUGGCUGAGAGAGACCGAGCUCCUCAUCUUCAACUCCUGUCUGAGAAACCAGCAGGAGGUCCACACACAGCUCCACAGCUUCAAGUCUCUGUGUAUGGAGGUGCGAGGCAGACGCAGAGCGGUGUCCUCCGUCCUCAGACUCUGUCAGAAGCUGUUGCAACAAAGCCACCGCAGUAUGAUGGGCCCCCUGGCGGAGGUAGGCUCUGAGGCGGAGCAGCACCGUGAGGCCCUCCAGCUGCUGUCAGUGAAUCUGGAGAGAAGGUGGGAGGCCAUCGUGAUGCAGGCGAUUCAGUGGCAGAACAGACUGAAGAGAGAACUGGGAGAACGACAGGUGCCUAAAAGCCUUCUGGAUCCAAAUCUCAUGGACCUCCACCAGGACAGCCCAGUCUCAGCCAGCCAGGCAGCACCAGAUGACUCCUGGGAGUGGGACGAGAUGGACAUGACAAUCGCAGAGCCCGAACAGCUGGACAUGACAGAACCAGACCUCACACACAACCUCCCCACAGGACUGAACCCAGACUCAGACAGGAUUCUGCCCAGUGUGGAUCAGUCCAACCGGAUUUCAACCAAUAGAAUUCAGUCUCACGAGAUCUUGUCCAAUAGGGCGUGGUCAGACUCAGAGGAUCAGAACCUAUCAGUCCAGUCAGAUCAGCCCGUGGUGACCUCUCACAGGCCCCAAAACAACAACGUUUACCAGGUCUACAGCCUCCAUAAUGUUGAAUUAUACAGACAGCCUCAGUUUCUCAUGGAGAAGAAGAAUGUUUCCUCCUCCCCAGUGAACCCCAAAGCAGGAAACAGGAAACAUCAGAUCCUGCUGAAGAGCCUGAGUAAAGACUCCACUUUUUCCUCCAUGGAGUCCCUCCCAGACCUCCUGGGGGGGUUGGUGCUGAGCAGCCAGGGUAGACGAGGAGGAGGAGGUAGGAGAAGCAGCGAUUCGAGGAGCGGUCGGCGGUCUGAGAGCGAGAGUGGAAUCAUGAGCGACAUGGGAGAUAUGGAGAUGACACCAAACUCUGAGAUCCAGGGAGAGGAGGAAGUCCAGGAGGAGGUGAGAAGAGGAGGUGAAAGCAGGAGAAUGGAUGCCAAGAGAGUGGAGGAGAAAAGAAGGAGGCAGAGGAGAGGAGGAGGCGAGGCUGUGGAGAUCCUUAUAAAUGGCCAUGGAAUCCUUACACCUGCUGACUCUGACUCAGACCACGAGGCGGACGGUCACCGCCCAGCAUCCUCCACUUUCUUGAUCACCCACAGUGACAUCACUGUGUUCAAAGGUCACCAGCACAAUUUGGAGACACCUCCCCAACUCAGCCGCCAGUCACCGACCCCGCUGUUAUCUCAGGGUUCCUCCUUGGAGUCUCUGCUUGCCCUGAGUGAAGAGUUAUUCCCCUCCCCCAAAGACCCUCUGCAGCGUAGUGCCUCCCUGGAAAGCUGCUUGGCCAUGUGUCGCAGCACAGGUGGAGAGACCGGCGGCAGUCUGGCCAGCCUUGGGGAGCCAGAGCAGUUGGAGGGCGGUGAGAAGGAGCGGGAGGAAAUGGGACUAAAGAAGAACAGGCAAAAAGGAGAAACUUCCUCAGGGGAGCUGAGCCGCAGAACCUUGGAGCUCCUGAAAUGUCUGGAGAACAUCCAGACUCCACCAGCGAUGAAGAUGACCCGCAGUGUUUCUGACAUGGCAAUUCGCAGCACCUUGCCUCAACGGAGCUGGCUACCUAACUCGCCAUCCCUUGGUGGUCGAGUCACUCCGCUCUGUGGUCUCCGGAAAGGACCACCAUCUUUGAUCAAUGAGAGCUCAGCAACAGCAUCUCUAACAGAGCUGAGUAGCGCGGAAGACUCGUCUCUGGCAUCCGAAGAUAUUGCUGCGCUCAAAAAUCACCGGCGUCUCUGCCUUGUCCCUGCCGUUGCAGCAUUGAAUGCCAACUCAUGUUCUUUACGGAAGCAUUGCCAUGGCAACAACCGAGGCCAGGUAGCAGAGGAAGCAGAUGCAGCAAGCUUGAGCAUGGUGGUGAAUGUGUCGUGCACAUCAGCGUGCACAGAUGAGGAUGAGGAUGACAGCGAUCUCCUCUCCUCCUCCACACUCACACUCACAGAGGAAGAGCUGGGCAUUCGAGACGAAGGGGAGGAGGAAGAGGAGGAAAGGCUCAGCAGCACCUCCUCUGGUGAUGAAGAUGAAGAUGAGGAGGACGAGAUGGAGGGGUCUUAUGUGCUGGGGCUGGAAUACAUGAAGAGGGAGUUGCAAAGUUGGCUCAGACCUCCUCGCAAUGCCUUCUCAACCUCCUCUAAAACUGAGGCAGGUCUCCGGGACGAGCUACAGUGUGGGACCUCCCUUUCCACCUCCUUGCCUGCCUCCUCCUCCUUAGCUUUCAACACCUCCUCUCACAACAAGGAACAGACUGAGCAGGAGAAGCAGGAGAACAGGAGGAAUGCCACAAAGAGCUACAUCAGCCAGUUUGUGGAUGACAUGGAGAACGGAAAUGUGGAACAGAGCAGUUUGAAGGGGAAGGAUGAAGAUGACGAGCUCCUCCGUGAGGAAUCUGGUCUGUUCACCAAGAAAGGAGAGUCGUUUCGAGAAUUCUAUGUAUCCGCCAAAACAGGCGAGUCGGUUUGGGGUGUCAACAGCUUGACAAGGAACAGUGAACCGAACACAACAAAGACAAAGACCCUCUCUUCCUCCACAUCCUGUGAGCUCCUCCCAUUCCCAGCUACACAAGCAUCAUCAUUGGUGGGUCAGCUGAAAGGGGAGUUACCCUGUCACAGCUCCGCCCUUCCCUCCCCUCCCACCCUCUCCCCAUUAGAAGACUGCACAUCCCAGAAAACACAGCGUGGCUGCAGGCCUGCAGCAGGCGGGCGGAAAGCCAUCACCAUUCAGGAAAACUUUGCGUUCUCAUCUUUAGUGAAGGAGGAGAGUAAGAGAGAGGUGAGAAGCAAAGAAUCAUCCCUUGCUCCCAAAAAGCAACACAAACGUCACUCCUCCUGCUGCAGCCAACACCCCUCUUCAUCUUCCUCGUUUUCAUCUUUCAAGUCAUGCAACGGAGAGGAGGGGAAAAAAGAAAAUGUUCACAGUUUCGUAAUGGAGAUUAUUGAUAUGACCUCAGUGGUGCUGAGGAAUAAAGAGAACCAGAACCAAUGUGAGGAACCAUGCCAGGGAGAAAAGAACAGUUCUACUACAGACCAAGAACCUGCAUCACUGGCACAGAUUAAAGACAAGGUUCUUGAACACUCCCACCGACCCAUCCAACUACGGAAAGGAGACUUCUACUCUUACCUGUCUCUCUCCUCUCAUGACAGCGACUGCGGUGAGGUCAGCCAGUGUUCUGAAGACAAAACCAUUGCUCCUGAGGGGCUCUCAUCAUACAGCACCUCCACACAGGACCUCCACAGCUUCAGCCCCAUGAUGUCUACAAGUCCCAAACCAUCAACCUCCUCCAGACCCUCAACUCCUGGCCCAGACUCCAACAAAGACGUUUGUAGUUUUGACCUCGGGUCUUUUGACAGACAGUUUAAUGUGAACAACAGCCUUGAAAAUCCUCUUGAGGGACAUUCCAGCUCCAACCCCACCAUGCCCCUCAGCCCAGACAUGAGGGAUGAGGAGACGCUGUUCUCAGCCUGUACAGAGGAGGUUUACCUUGGACCGCCUCUGUGCUACAGCAUAGCACUCACCAAGACGCCCACAAGUUUCAGUCCCAAAGAGGAGAAUCUCGGAUACCAGGAGCCUGAAAUGUCAGAUCAAAAGACUGGUUCAAAACUGGAUGAAAAUUUUGGAUAUUUGUCUCAGGAGUUGUGGGAUUACCAACAAAAUUACAGCCCUGGUUACUUGUUGACUGCCACGGAGUCACACUCAGAGCUAGAAAAGGAUGUCCGACAUCUCUCAGGGGGCAUUCCCACACUGAAAAACGAGGAAACACCUCUCAUUUCAAAUUCCCAAGGGACAUGUUCCAUUUCUACCCCCACCUCUACAUUCUCCUCACCCUCAGAGAACUUUGCCUCCUCUCUGGACGGGCCCAGUACCAAACCAGAGUACAACAAACCUCCCCCACCACGUUUUCUGUCCUCUGGACCAGAGAGAAAGAAGGGAGAUGAGACGCCAUACUUCCAUUGGGAUGUUGCUCGGGGCGAAGUUACAGAUGCCACGAGCAGGAACACGCAAGAGGAGGAAGUGAGGAGUCAUAAUGAGGGGACCGCUUAUCUUAAUCCCCGGGUGCGCGUCGCCCUGAUAGACCGCUCUGCCAGCGAAUGUUUGGCAGAUACUAAAAGGCUUGAAUCCAAUAUGGGUGCGGUAAUGACCAAGAUAAGUGUCUGCACCUCUGCUACAAAUCCCUCCAAAGAGACGGGCUCCUCCGCCACGCACAUUAAUCCCAAAAUUAACCGCUCUGCGAUGAAAGGGGGAGAUAGAGAGGAGGAGGAGUGCGGAGGAGUGGUGGAUACUCGGGGGAUGAAGCAUGAGAAGGGAAGGAGAGGAUGGGCCAGUACACAGCAGGAAGCAAAGGCGACGGUGGCAAAACAGGUUAGAACUCCAACUAUUAGUCUGAUCCCGUAUCUCCUAAAAUUAGACAUGGCCCAGACAGCCCCUUCACCUCUGCUGUCCAGGUAA